AUGUGGUCUUACCUGGGGAAGUCUGCCAUUUUCUUGGGCGGCUGUUGCAGCGGCGCCGCGGCGGCCACCUUUUGGCGCUCGGAGGAGCGAAGGCAGCAGAUCAAGUCAGGAGAGUACUACCAAUUGAAAGGAAGCUACUACCAAGUCCUGGGGCACGCAUGGGACCACUUCCGCAGAGAUUUUUGCGUGGUCUACCGUCCGCUGUACCACUGCGAGGACUUGGCCACGCUCUGUGUGCGCGGUGAGAUGCAGCAGGUCGUCGAAGCCUUGCAACGGCCCGAGGUGAAGCAAUUCGCUUCCCAGCCUCUAGAUGCUGCUGGAGCCUCUGCUCUCCAUCUAGCAGCCUUCGGCGGACAUUUGGCCUUUGUGCAGGAGCUACUCAACAGCUCCUGCGAGGUGAGCGUGCAAGACAGCAACGGUCAGGAACCACUACAUGUUGCUGCUGCCGAGGGGCAUUCAGACUUGGUCUUGGAACUCCUCAUGGCCAAUGCAAAUGUCAAUGCUGCAGAUGGCCGCGGUCAGACGGCCUUGCACCUAUCCAGCUUGGUUGGGCCAGUGGCUUCUAUCUCAGUGCUUCUGGACCAGAACGCGGAUCCCACCUUACGUGAUGUCUUUGGUCGAACGCCACUCUUCAUCGCAGCGGAGCAGGGCAAGACGGAGCUGAUGGCGUUCUUGUUGGAGAAGGACCCAACCACAGUCAGCAUUCCCAACAAUGAGCUUUGGACACCCCUGCACGUCUCCGCAUGGAACAUGCAAAGCGUGAAAAAUUUCACUCGGCCACUGAAGUUCUUGGAGGCUGUGCAAGUGCUCCUCAACGCCAAGGCACUGGUGGAUGCCAAGGAUGAGAACUGCUGUACGGCCUUGCACCGUGCAGCCCAAGCUGGCAACUGCGAGACGCUCAGAACUUUGUUGGCGGCAGGGGCAAACGUAGCAGCCGAAGAUGAAUGCAGGUGGACACCUUUGCACUACGCCAGCCAGCUAGGCUGGUUAAAAAUCGCCGACCUUCUUUUGGAUGCGAAAGCUGAUGCUGCACCCAAGAAUUUGGCAUGCUCAACACCUUUGGCACUUGCAACCAUCGAAAACCAGGUGCGGAUGGUGGAACUUUUGCUCCAGCACGGGGCAGAUCUCAAUGCCAGAACCAAAGGGCUGCUCUCCCCUUUGAUGAUGGUGAGGAAAGAGCCAGACAAGUAUGCAGACAUCAAAGCGCUGUUUGAGAUUGGCUUUGUGAAUCACUGA